UGGAGACGUUACGGUUAAUGAGUAACAGUGUAUUGGUUCUGCAACACAGGAAAUGUGACGAGAAACUAAGAAGUACUUUUGAGAGCAAGCAGCUAUAAAACUGAUCCUUUGUCACAAACACCAAAGCAUGUGAAAUGGCGUCCAAGGCAACUAGCCCAAAACCAGUUCCAUUUGCCAAGCGCCCGGACAACUCAGCAUUUAAACAGCAGAAACUUCCAGCCUGGUAUCCUGCUCUCACUGCAGUGACGGUGCUGCCCUUCUUCUUCCUGACUGGGCUGGCGUGCGUACUCAUUGGAAUCUGGCUGUUUCUAACAGCUGCAGGGAUCAAGCAAAUUACGGUGGAUUACACAGAGGGUGGAACUUGCUCUUUGUGCUUUGACCUACGGAAAGAUAGAUCACAAUCAUUAAAUUCCUGUGAAUGUAAUGUCGACUUCAGUUUAAAUGAAAAUUUCACGGGUGAUGUCUUCAUGUAUUAUGGGCUAACUAACUUCCAUCAAAAUAUCCGAUUUUACAUGGACUCCAGAGAUGAUGCACAGCUAACAGGCAAUGAAAAUAACUUAAAGUGUUGUCCAACAUUCAUCAUGAGAAAAAACCAGACGUUUGAAAGAAUGAUCCCUGAUGAUAUGAAUGCUGAAAUGUUCUUGGCUAAUGAUAUGAAGAUUCUAUUAAGUGCUGAUCCCAGUGAGACAACAUUACCUAAAAAUUGCAUCUUUAAAGCUGCUUGCCCAGAAGUUAGUCCAUAUAAGCAUGUAAUCCCUUCUGGGAUAGGCCUGGUUCACACGCCACCUAGAUUUGUAGCUCCAAGGUUCUUCACAAAAUCUUCCCAAUCACCCUUUCAACUAAACAGAGCUACAACUGCAAAACAAGGUGAUGGAGUGAUGACAAAGGCAUCGGUAAAUGAAGAGGAGCUGUCCACCCCCAAAAGACUUUAUUCUGGAAAGAAACAGUCUGGUUCAUACAUCCACAGAUACAGCUCUAAUAAAAGCCAGCUUACUUCUCAUAGCCCUAAAGAAGAUAGGCUAGAUGCAGCAGAACGGAAAUCAUUUAAUUCACAAAAUAUUUCAAGGCAAGACAGACAUCUCAACAGAAGCCUUAAGAUGAAGAGAACAAGCCAGCUACCAGUUCAUGGGUUGAAUUUCACGCGACCAUCUGAUAUUUUUAAAGGAAUGCAAGGAUACGAAUGCACUGAAGCAGACAUGGAAUUUGUUCACCAAAUGAAAAAUGAAAGUUCACUUAAGCAGUUAAAGGAAAAAUAUAAAUCUCUUCAAAAGAGACUAAAGGAUGAACAUCAGAGUUGUGAGCUGUUAAUGGCAAAAAAUGAGAAGGUUCAAAAUGACAUCUUUAAACUGAAAGGGGAUAAGAUCAAAAUUGUUCAACUAAGCAGAGCCUUUGCAGUUAAUUAUUUCAAUAAUCAAAGUAAAGCAUCACUGACUGCAGGAGAUGAGGCUCUGGAGAUUUGUGUUGAUCAUGUGAUAAAAGUUUGUAAGCAAGAAGAAUUAGAGCUUGAAAUUCUUGAAAAACAGCUAAGACAUAAAGAAGAUCAACUUCGUUUAAAGAAAUUCCAGCAAAAAGAAAACAGAAGCAAAAGAAUGCUUUUUUCCAACAUGAAGACAUCAUUACAGCAAACUAUUCUCAGUGAGAAGGAGCAUGUUAAGAGUCUGGAGAAAAAUCUGAUCAGUCUUCAAAAAACACUGAAUGAAAGGCAGGAACAGUUAGAUGACCUUAAACGGCAAAAGCGUGAUUUGCAAAGAAACAUGAAACAUGACAAACCAGAUAUGAAAAUAAAGGUGGAUUUUGCCAGAAUUGACAGAAGAGUAAACUGUAUUGCAAAGAGAAGAGAAAUCUUUUUAGAGAGACAGAAGAUUUUAGCAAGACUUAAGCUGUUGAUAUAGUGUUCACAGGUGAUGCUGGGUAAUUUUAAGGAGAGUGUUUUUGCAAUAUAAAACUUAUUUAAUUAAGGUUCUUUUAGGGCAUAAGACAUUGAAGUUGUGUGCCUUUUUAUAUGCAUACAUUUUGGGAGUUUGUUCUGCAUUUUUGCUCUGUUGAGCCAUAGGUCAUGGUAACAUCUUAAGAUAUUACUUAAUGGUGGUUUCAAAUUCAAAGUUCAAAAAUAUUUUUCUUGGUAAAAUGUGCAAUUUGGUAGUAUUUUUUAAAAAGGUCCACCAGAUGGCAACCUUCGACAGUCUACCUGAGCAAUAUUAUUCUAAAUCAUUUAAAGCAGACUGGUAGAAUACUAGAAUUUAUCAUUUUUUCAAAUGUUUAUAGUUGACUUUCAACAGAUAAACCACAGUAUGUUAUCUGCACUGUCUUAUUCUGAUUGUGUUAUUCUGUUUCUAUGUUGUAUUAGUUUUUUUCUCUCAUAAAUUAAAUAUUGAAUUUUU